UGGCUGCAGCACAAACCGAGACGCAUGACCAGUGAGCUCUGUGUUGCGCACUCAGUCAGGUUUCAGACAGUGAGCACCGCAGCUCAGACAAGUCGGAGGUCAGAGUGGACCCGGUGCAGGAUGGGGAGGAAGCUGAGGCGGCAGAGCAGCUGCUUAGUUUUAUGAGGACGCUGUGCUCGUUGCGCACAACUUCUUACUGCACGCGAACGCACCGCAGCUGAAUAUACACUGUGGACUUUUUUCCGGGGAGCAGAGAUGGCUACACUCAUUCAUUGUUUGAUUGUUUUUAUACAUUUUCUCUUUUUUUUUAGACAAACAUUUUGCAUGGAGGUCGAUUUCUUCACACCCGAGCGCGUGGAUCUCCAAGACGAUGAAAAGCAUCUGCAGAUGAAGGUUUUUCGAUUAACUGCGUUCAAACAGGAAUUUUACCUCAGACUCACACCGGAUUCUAGUUUUCUGGCUCCGGGCACCGUGGCCCCUGAGAGUGGCCCUUUGGCACCUAACGCGUCUGAGGCAGCAGACCUCAGGGCAUGUUUCUACUCCGGGGAUGUCAACACAGACCCGGACUCAUUUGCCGCUGUCAGCCUGUGCAAAGGUCUCCAUGGAGGCUUCUCCUAUAAGGGAAUGGAGUAUUUCAUCAGUCGAAACGGGGCUGAAGACGCAGCAGUCGCGUCUGGAUACAGAAACUAUUUGGACAGGACGCAUGUCAUCCGCCGCCGGGGACGCACUGAUGCGCACUCGGGCCACAACCUCACCAGCAGGUGUGGAGUUACACCUGAUCCCAGCUUCACCGUCUCCCUGGAGAAGUACAAGCAUGUGGCUGAACUAGAUAAUGAUGACUUCACUGAAACUGUGUUGAAAACCUUAGGCAGGUCAAAAAGGUUCGCCUCCAUCCCCAGGUUUGUGGAGGUGCUGGUGGUGGCAGAUGAAUCGAUGGCUACAUUUCACGGGGAUGACCUGAAGCAUUAUCUCCUGACCCUGAUGUCAGUAGCAGCCAGGCUCUACAAACACCCCAGCAUCUUCAACUCCAUCAAUAUAGUGGUGGUGGGCUUCAUGGUGAUAAGUGAGGCCAACAAGGGACCGAAGGUUUCCAGUAACGCAGCCCUGACUCUGCGCAACUUCUGCUCCUGGCAGAAGAAGUUGAAUAAACACAACGACAAGCACCCUGACUACUGGGACACUGCCAUACUGUUCACCAAACAGGAUCUCUGUGGAGCCACAACCUGCGACACACUGGGGAUGGCUGACGUCGGGACCAUGUGUGACCCGAAGAGGAGCUGCUCUGUCAUCGAGGAUGACGGCCUGCCCUCGGCUUUCACCGCUGCCCACGAACUAGGCCACGUCUUCAACAUGCCCCACGACAAUGUGAAGGCAUGUGAGGAGGUGUUCGGGAAACUAAAGGACAACCACAUGAUGUCUCCCACGCUGAUUCAGAUUGACAGGAGCCGACCCUGGUCUGUUUGCAGCGCAGCCAUCAUUACCGAGUUCCUGGACAGAGGUCAUGGCGACUGUCUGCUGGACCAGCCUCAGAGGCAGCUGUCUCUCCCGGACAACCUGCCUGGCUCCAGCUACAGCCUGCACCGCCAGUGUGAGCUCGCCUUCGGUCCCGCCUCCAAACCCUGCCCAUACAUGCAGCCCUGCUCCAAACUGUGGUGCACUGGGAAGGCCAGAGGACAGCUGGUCUGUCAAACCCGACACUUUCCCUGGGCGGAUGGGACCAGCUGUGGCACCGGCAAGGUCUGCUUCAGAGGAGUCUGCGCUGAUAAGAAUGCCACCAUGCAAACCAAGGUGGAUGGCCGGUGGGGCAAAUGGGGGGCAUUUGGAGAUUGUUCCCGCAGUUGUGGUGGAGGAGUUCAGCUCGCCAACAGGGAGUGUAACAACCCCGUCCCUGAGAAUGGAGGCAAAUACUGCUACGGCCUUCGCAUCAAAUAUCGCUCCUGUAAUCUCAACCCUUGCUCUGAAACAGGUAAGAGUUUCAGGGAGGAGCAAUGUGAGGCGUUCAACGGCCUAAACCUGAACACCAACAGACUGGGUUCCUCUGUGGUGUGGGUUCCCAAAUAUUCCGGCAUCUCUCCCAAGGACAAAUGCAAGCUCAUCUGCCGUGCUAACGGGACUGGGUACUUCUAUGUCCUUGCUCCUAAGGUGGUGGAUGGGACGCCUUGCUCUCCCGACACCUCGGCUGUAUGUGUUCAGGGAAAAUGCAUCAAGGCCGGCUGCGAUGGCAAGCUGGACUCUAACAAGAAGUCUGACAAGUGUGGCGUGUGUGGCGGGGACAAUAAGGCCUGUAAGAAAGUCUCCGGACUGUUCACCAAACCUGUUAAUGGCUACAACUUUGUGGUGGUGCUGCCAGUGGGAGCCUCCAACAUUGACAUCCGUCAGCGCGGCUAUCGAGGAAUGGUCAGCGAUGAAAACUACCUAGCAGUAAAGAAUCAGCAUGGCACGUACCUCCUGAAUGGCAACUACGUGGUGUCAGCGGUGGAGCGCGACCUGCUGGUGAAGGGCAGCCUGCUGCGCUACAGCGGCACCUCCACAUCUAUAGAGCUUCUGCGGGCCACCAGGCCCUUGCAGGAGCCCCUGACUGUGGAGGUUCUCUCUGUGGGGAAGAUGACUCCACCCAGGGUGCGCUACUCUUUCCACGUCUCCAAGGAGAGCAAGGAGGAAAAAACCCUGAAGAAGGAGGAGAGAAGCCACAAAACACAUAACAGCGUCCUGAUGGACAGCAACAAAGUAGAAGUUAAGAAGCAAGCGAUGGGUAAGAGGCCAGUCAGUCACUGGGUGACAGGAAAUUGGGAUAUAUGCACAGUGACCUGUGGCAGCGGUUUUCAGAAGAGGCUGGUGCAGUGCCAGAGUGUGGAGGGGCGUCCUGCAGUGGACUGUGACAGCACUGACAGGCCUGUAGCUGUGAGACCAUGUGGGGAUCCGUGCCCCAUGUGGGAUGUAGGUACCUGGUCCCACUGCUCAAAGUCCUGUGGAAGGGGCUUUAAAAGGCGGCCGGUGCACUGCAUAAACGAGAAUGGUAUGAAUCUACCCAGGGACCACUGCUCUGGACGGAGGAAACCUCAGGAACUGGAUCUCUGCAACCUAAAGCCAUGUUAGAGCAGAGCAGGCACAGUCCAUGGAUUGAAUUUUGGAAGUCAAACUGAUGAAUCUUGUCCCAAAUCAGCAUGACAAUGAUUGGGUGGCUGUGUUGGGUACAAAUCCUCUCAACUUCAGUCUAACUGUGUCUGCAGGGGUGUCUGCUCUACAGUAGAAGACAGGGAGCGCAAUGUCCUCCUGCUCCUGUUUGAAGACACAGAUCUGUUUACAUAAAAAUAGAGGGAAAGCUGUCUUCUUGUAAAGUGAACUGUCAAACCAACUGUGGCAGGUUUGACUUUUGGUUAGUCUACCUCGACCUUAAACGAUGACACAAUGCCUGUGUAAACUGUAUAUAGACAGUAGCAGAGGAUGCAGAGACAGUGAUCAUUCCAUGCAUAGGAUGAGACAAGAAUGGAUGAAAGCUUGUGACACCCACACUGUGCUGUUAUCAGAAGAAGGUAUCGGUAAAUGGACAUUUCUUUCUCAUUUCACUCAUCACUGAAGUGAUCUAUAUGUGAAACACAGUACUGUAUCUGCCACAGUCCAGGCAUAAUUGGUCUGUGCUGUUCUUGCAUCAUUUUGUUAGUUCUUUGAAUAGAUGUCUUGAUUU